AUGGACGACCUUUCCGACCUCGAGCUCCUUGGACUUGUGAACAAGGUUGUCUCUGAAUGCCAAAACCACCUUGGAAUUAACGACAAGGCUCUCGCAGAGUUCAUAAUCGCCCAGCGACUCGAUUCCGACACAUUCGAGAGCUUCAAACUGAAGAUAACCGGCAUGGACGGGGAGUUUCCUCUGAGCCUGAUUGAAAGUACCGACCGACUGGUUCGAAUGAUGCACCCAGCUAUGAAGGCAAAGACGGCCGGCCAACCUGAUCAAUCCAGCAACCAGCGAUCUGUCGAGGGCAAAGCCCAAGUCUUCUCUGAUCUGGUCCUGCCGGACAAGGCGCCUACUGAAGAUCCUGCCAAUGAUGUACUGGCUGUGCUAGAAACUCUCGAACAGAAAAAUCGCCAGAAUAACCGUCAAGCAAGGGAAAAGCGUCGCAGUCGCAGUCGGAGUCCUGAAACGCGGAACGAAGAACGCUACAGGAACGGUGUUUCGAAUCGUGGAACAGAUAGAAACAGGCGACAUGGCGAGAAAGAGUACGGCAGGAGGAGGAGAUCAGCCAUCAACACGAUCGACGUGUUGGAGAUGGGAACGAUGAUGAGCAGGACCAUGGUAAACACAGACCCCGCCGGUCAUGGAAUCUACGAUGUCCAUGUGACAGGAGUCAAGGAUUUUGGCGCCUUUGUGUGCCUGCACGACGUCAAAGGGUCGGUGGACGGACUCGUUCAUGUUUCACGGCUAACAGACGGGCGGGUCAACCAUCCCUCAGACUUGGUCAGACGAAACAAGCCUGUGAAGGUCAAGAUCAUGAGCAUAGAUGGAACGAGAAUAGUUCUGUCGAUGAAAGAUGUUGAUCACGAGACGGGCCAGGAUUUUGCUCCCCAAGCAAGCUUCGGUUCUGGCGCCAACAUGCAUUCCCUGGGUGGAUGUAGGAAUGGACACGGUGAUGGUGGAUUCCAGAAGCCUGAGCUUGCCAAACGGCAAAAGAUGAGAAUGACGUCCCCCGAGAGAGGCAAUGGUGAGAUGAAUCUGGAAGAAGACUUCGACAUUGAGAUCAGAGAAGAGGAGCCACCCUUUCUUACUGACCAAACGAAACAGUCUCUCGAGUUGUCACCCAUUCGCGUUGCCAAGGCACCCGACGGGUCGCUGAACCGGGCAGCUAUCUCUGGCACUGCUCUGGGGAAAGAGAGAAAGGAACUGCGACAACAAGAGGCUGAACCUAAAAGUGAUUGUUACAUCUGCUACCCUUGA